UUUUAAGUGGGAGAACUUGCACAAUUGGUGGACUAAAUACUUUUUUUCCCCACUGUAUAUUUGGGGGGAAAUAUGCAUCAGGGGAAGCCAAUGAGAGAGUAAAUCACUACUUUCAAGCAGCUGGAGUUAGGAAAAGAUGUACGUUUCAGAACUGGGUCGCUAGUUGAACAAACUUUUAAACAAAUGAAUACAUUUCAGUGGAAAAGUGCUAUAAAAUGCUAUCCACAACAAACUGUUUUUGGUGAUGAGACACACUCUAAUGGGGCUUAAUACAUUGUAAAACAUCUGACACAUUGCAGUUCUGAAGCAAUUUGUUUAAGCAUACUGAGGCCUUAAUUUUCACCCUAUGGAUCCAGCUCCGGUUUACUCUGUUCUGCACACAAAGUUACAAACAAUUCAGCAGUAUGUUUCAUAUAAAUGUACCUUGGUGUAAAUUACACAAAUGAGUAUCUUCUUUUGCUAAUAGGACAUGAAAAAAUGUGAGACUUCAUCACAUAUAAAUCACCAGGCCUAUCAGGUUAUUAUUGUAUUGUCAGCCUUUCGUUAUUCAUUAUCAUUGCUAGUCAUAGUUAUGCAUGUCUCUAAAGAAUCAAGACUUGAGAUGUGGAAAUUAUUUAAAGAAAAACAAAGAAGGAAAUAUGUCACUGAUAUGUUCCCUUCUGUCCCAGGCCGAGCAUGAGCUCAGAGUGGCCCAAACUGAGUUUGAUCGCCAAGCAGAGGUUACACGGCUGCUCCUGGAGGGCAUCAGCAGUACACAUGUGAACCACUUGCGCUGCCUGCAUGAGUUCGUGGAGGCCCAGGCCGCCUACUAUAAGCAGUGUGACUUCCACAUGAAAGAACUACAGAAAGAGCUGAGCAGUUGUGAUGAGAACGUGCUUCCCAAUGCGUUUGUACUGAGCUCCACUCACCCUUCAGCUCCGGCAUCAGAAGGCAGCCCGCUGGAGACGGACACUCUGAAGAUAGAGGAAGUCCAGGCCCCGGCUACAGGGACGCGCAAGGCCAAAGUCCUUUAUGAUUAUGAUGCUGCUGACUCCAGCGAGCUCUCCCUUCUAGCUGACGAGGUAAUGGUUUCUGUAGUGGGAGUAAUGCACGCUGUAAUCCCUGCAAGGUUUCAGAGUUAG